AUGAAUCACGAAUCAGAAAAUACUCCUUUGAUUUAAUAAGAGUUCCCUCCCCAAUAAUCCAAUGUUGACUUAAAAUAGCAACCAAAAGUAGUUUCAAUAAAUUAACUCCUGUUUUAAAACACCACCUAAGCUUUGAAUCCUGCCAAAAUGAUAAGCAAGCAAAUAUACGUUUUUUCAAACUCUCUUAAAAAAUCAUUAGCAUAAUAUAGAAACAAUGAGAGCAUCUCACUUGCUAAGAAUAUAACAACAUCCCUAGAAGAAUUCGAUGGGUUGAGUUACGACAAUUCAGAAUUAAAUAAAGAUUAGUCCCUCACUGCAAAAGGAGCGAAGUUCGUCGGCAAAACUCUCUCUAAGAUCAAGGAUAACAUCACAGGAUCUCAAAAACAACCAGCACCACCAUCAGAAGUUUAACAGCAAAACAGUAACGAGACCAUUGCUUAGUAAAGUCUAAAAUAAGAAGAAGAAAAUUUAUGA